UCUGCUGCACCUGGCCCAUGUGAGCUCCUCCUGGAAGUUAAGUGGUGGAGUCCUGAACACCUGCCAGGCAGCCUUGGCCUGGGGAUUUUGGAGUCAUCAUUAAUGGACAAAGUGUUCGGGUUCCUGAGAGAAACUUGCUAGUUAAUGCUGGCUGAGUCUCAGCAGUACCCGUGAAAAUCCACCUCGAAGAAGGAAGAGAACAACAGCAUGAAGAGGGAGAGAGAACAUUUCAAUGCCUGGGACAACCCUCAUGGCCUGGUUGGUUUACACAACAUCGGACAGACCUGUUGUCUUAACUCCCUAAUUCAGGUAUUCAUAAUGAAUGCGGACUUCACCAAGAUAUUGAAAAGGAUAAAAGUGCCAAGGGAAGCAGGAGAACAGAGAAGAAGUGUUCCCUUCCAGCUUCUUUUGCUGCUGGAGAAGAUGCAAGACAGUAGGCAGAAAGCAGUGCGACCCAUGGAGUUUGCCUACUGCCUCCAGAAGUACAAUGUGCCAYUGUUUGUCCAGCAUGAUGCUGCUCAGCUUUACCUCACAGUCUGGAACCUAAUUAAGGACCAAAUCACUGAUAUGGACUUGGUAGAUAGGUUGCAGGCCUUGUACAUGAUACGGAUGAAGGAGUCCUUGAUUUGUCUAGACUGUGCCAAGGAGAGUAGCAGAAACAGUAGCAUGCUCACUCUCCCUCUUUGUCUUUUUGAUAUGGACUCAAAGCCCCUGCAAACACUGGAGGAUGCCCUACGCUGUUUCUUCCAGCCCAGGGUGUUAUCCAGCAAGUGCUUCUGUGAGGACUGUGGGAAGAGGACACAUAGCAAACAGGACUUGAAGCUGACCCAUUUGCCCCAGACCUUGACCAUCCACCUCAUGCGAUUCUCCAUCAAGAAUUCACGGACAGAAAAGAUCUGCCACUCACUGUAUUUCCCCCAGAGCUUAGAUUUCAAUCAGGUUCUUUCAAAUGAGCAAGUCCUCGGUGAUGCCAAGGAACAGUCUGAAGGACAGUUUGAACUCUUUGCUGUGAUUGCCCAUGUGGGGAUUGCUGACUUGGGUCAUUACUGUGCCUAUAUCCGGAAUUCUGUGGAUGGAAGAUGGUUUUGCUUCAACGACUCCCAUGUUUCUUGGGUGUCCUGGGAAGACAUCCAGUGUACCUAUGGAAAUCGUAAUUAUCGCUGGCAGGAGACAGCAUAUCUUCUGGUUUACAUGAAGACUGAGUCCUAAUGGAUAUUUAUUCUAUAUCUUCAGAGAUUGACAGACUAUCAUUUUCCUUUCCUAUUCUUGGAUCUAUUGACUCUUGUAUGAGAUUUUACAAUGAAAAAAACUGUAUAGUUACAUGUUAUUUAUAAUCAGGUGGGGAUUAUGUUUUGGAUCUGGUUUGUCUUUCAAAGGUUCUUGUGCUGGAAACUUGGCCAAACAUGGCAGUGUUGAGGUGGUGGAAACUUUUUAAGGGGGUGGGGCCUGGUGGGAGGUAAGUACGUUCAUUGUUUUUCCCCUUCUUCAUGAUGAUGGUUUCCUUUCACUUCUCAACCAUAUUCUGAUUGCCAGCUUGUUGGCAUCAUGCUGAUAAGACCUUCCAGUCACCAGAA